UAAAAAAAAAAAAUUUAAAAACUUAAAAAAAAGAAAAGGAAAAAGGAAGUCCCCCAAUAGUUUACAUUUUACAACUCUACAACAUUUGCUUUCUCCUUUUCCACGAUUUCAAUUCCAGCUAGUUGAUCGCAAAUUCACAAUCUCCCGUUCAUUAUUUAUCUUCGGAAUUUCAUCUUCCGCAAUCAUGGCUAUGACAGUUGAAGGUCAAUUCCUCUCUUUUUCAAUUUUAUUUUCUUCUUAAUUUCAUAUUGAUUCCUGUUUUGAAUUGAUCCUGAUAUAUCUGAUCACUACAAUUCCUUGCAUUUUAAAGGAUUAUAAUCAAUUCCAACUACAUAUGUAAACCCCAGAUGUUAAAAAUAUGGAAUUUUUCUUAAUUUAGUGGUUAAAGAAGUUAGGGUUUCUAAUUCUUCCAUCAAUUUUAGAUUUUUUUUUUUUUGCAAUUGAGAAAAACCCAAAUAGUAAAAUUGGAAUUUUUUUUACCUUUUAAUUGUUUUUGUUUUGUACUUGAUAAUAGUCCUACAUUAAUUUGUCGGAGUUACAAAAAUUUAAGCAUCUUAAAGGGUUUACUAAGUAAAUAUUUCUUUAAACAAUUCUUUAGCUGAUUCUUGUUUGUUUGAUGCAUUUGGGGCUUGCUGUCAAUUGAUGAUUGGAUUCACUUUCAGUGCUUUGUAUUCUUGCAUUUACGUCCUCCGUCAGCAUCAUGUUGCAGAUACUGGCCUGUGCAAUUUAUAGUAACUGGUGGCCGCUAUUGUCAGCUCUCAUGUAUGUGGUUGUCCCCAUGCCCUGCCUGUUCUUUGGAGGUGGAUCGACACAAUUUUUAGUAAGUCGAGAUGGUGGAGGUUGGAUAGACGCGGCUAAAUUCUUGACAGGAGCAUCUUCAGUAGGAAGCAUUGCAAUUCCUAUAAUUCUACGACACGCUAAUCUUAUCGAGACAGGAGCUCUAGUCAUUGAACUUUUUUCAUUCUUCUUAUUUGCUUGUACGGUCUUGUGCUUUCACCGAGCUACGCUCGAUGAUGAAUGGUAAAAAGGGUUGAGGUAGCUCAAAAAUUGAUUGUAUCAGGAUGCAUUCGGACUAUCUAUAGCUUCUUAUAGGAAAUGGUGUAAUAUUAUCAGUAAUUGGUAUCUACAACUGAGGAAUGUACACUUUCAUGUCCUGCAAAUGUGAAGUAUAUUUUGUGUUGA